CGCUUCCACGAGCGUGGCCGGGAAGGAAGGGGGCUUAGCCGGCGGGGCUGCGAGGAAAGCGGAUCGUUUCCUGCGUGCAUCUCUUGGAACGAGGAUCAGAGCCGCCUUUCCGUGAGGGCGCCAGACACUCCCAUGGCCUCGUCUUCAUCUCCAGGAACCUCAGUUCUUUAUAAUGGAGGAUUAACAGCAGUUGAGCUUCCAAUGCAGGAUUUGGUAUCAUUUGAGGAUGUAGCUGUGGUUUUCUCCGUGGAAGAGUGGGCCCUGCUGAAUUCUAAGCAAAAAGCCUUAUACCAAGAGGUCAUGCUGGAAAACAAGAGGAACAUGGCCUCCGUAGCAGGUGACGGAUGGGAGAUGGAGGAUUCUGGCCAAGAGGCAGCAGCACCUUUGCCAAAAGACAAAAAGAAUGUUGCAGAAAAGAUGUAUGGAAAGCAAAGUUUUGAGGAAAACCUGUUAAUGGUUGAGCAGGAGAAUUUGUCUAGUUUCCCAUGUGCAGAUACCAAUGUCUUAUUGGAUGCAGAUGAUUGGCAAGAAAAAGAAGUGUGUCCAAGGUGUGGGAAAAUAUUCAGAGAUGAAUUGGGAUUAUAUGACUGUUGUAAAAGCCCUGCUGGAGAGAAACAAGACAAAGGCAGGCAACACUCCAAAAGGACUCUUCCUCCUCCUUUACACGUAGGAAUACAAGGAGGAGGGGAAAUGUACAAAUGUACUGAAUGUGCAGAAAGCUUCAGUACAAGCCAUUCUCUUACAUUGCAUAAAAAGAUUCACAAAGCAGAGGAUCCACACAAAUGUCUGAAUUGUGGAAGGACCUUCAGGCAGAAAAAUCAUCUCAGUUUACAUAAGAGGGUCCACGAAGAGAGGAAGCAGCAUCAAUGCAUCACCUGUGGAAAGACCUUCAGAAACAGCAACUCCCUUACAUCCCACCAAAGUGUCCACAAAGAGGAGAAGUUGCAUCAACUCAGGGAGAAUAGGACACGGUUUACUUGGAGCAAUGAAGCAAAUUCCCGAAAAAAAAGUCCCACUGGGACUAAUUCAUGUAAAUGCCUGGAAUGUGGGAAGAACUUCCGCUCUGCAAGUGACCUCACUUACCAUAGAAGGAUCCACACAGCGGGAAAGCCGUUUCAUUGCACUCUGUGUGGAAAGAGCUUUGCACAAGAAGGCAAUUUCAGUUUACAUAAGAGGGUCCACACCGGAGAGAAGCCGUAUAAAUGCACAGUGUGUGGAAAAUGCUUCAAAGCCCCCGGUGCCCUUACUUCUCAUAAGAGGAUUCACACAGGGGAGAAACCCUAUGAAUGCUUGGAGUGUGGAAAAAGCUUCAACAGACGUGAUACGUUAACUAAACAUAAUAGGAUGCAUAAAGGGGAGAAACCUUAUAAAUGCCUGCACUCUGGAAAGAGCUUCAAUCAAAAAGGUCAUCUUAAGUCACAUGAGAGGAUUCACUUGGAAGAAAAACCAUUUCAAUGCACGGAGUGUGGAAAGAGCUUCAAUCGCUCUUCACACCUUACUGCCCAUAACAGAAUCCACACGGGGGAGAAACCAUACAAAUGCCUGGAAUGUGGAAAGAGCUUCAGUUAUUCCAACCACUUAACUUCCCAUAGAAGAAUCCACAGUGGAGAAAAACCGUAUCAAUGCACGGAGUGUGGGAAGCGCUUCACUCAUCAACAGAGUUUUACUGUCCAUAAAAGGAUCCACACAGGUGAAAAGCCUUGUAAGUGUACCGAAUGUGGCAAAUGCUUCACUGAUUUUGGGGCGCUCGCUCGUCAUAAAAACGUCCACACUGGGGAGAAACCCUAUGAAUGCCACACUUGUGGAAAGAGCUUCAAUAGAAAAGAUGGCUAUAUCAAACAUAGCAGGACCCACACUGGGGAGAAGCCCUUUCAAUGCUUGCAGUGUGGAAAGUGUUUUGCCCGUUCUGAUAUGUUGCAUGCCCACAAAAAGACCCACACGGGGGUGAAACCAUAUAAAUGCCUGGAAUGUGGAAAGAGCUUCAGCCAUUCCAGCUACUUAAUGAUACAUAGAAGAAUCCACAGUGGAGAUAAACCAUAUCAAUGCACUGAGUGUGGAAAGCACUUCAAUAAUCCACGUAGUCUUACUGUCCAUAAAAUGCUCCACACAGGUGAAAAGCCUUAUAAGUGCACCGAAUGUGACAAAUGCUUCUCUAAUUUGGGUUCUCUCUCUCACCACAAAAGGAUCCACACUGGGGAAAAACCAUAUGAAUGCCACACGUGUGGAAAGAGUUUCAAUACAAAAAAUGGCUAUAUCCUACAUAGCAGGACCCACACUGGGGAGAAACCAUAUCAGUGCCAAGAGUGUGGAAAACGCUUCAUUGACUCUAGAGAACUGACGAACCAUAAAAGGAUUCACACAGGGGAGAAACCCUAUAAGUGCAUGGAAUGUGGCAUGAGUUUCAGACAACGUGAUUGUCUUUAUAUCCACAAGAGGAUCCACACUGGAGAGAAACCAUAUACAUGUUAUGAGUGCGGAAAAAGCUUUAAUCAAAAUUAUUCACUCAGGAUCCAUAGAAGGCUUCACUCUGGAGAGAAACCCUAUAAAUGCCUGGAAUGUGGAAAAUGUUAUAAUCAGAAUGGCAGUUUUACCUCCCACAUGAGGAUCCACACAGGAGAGAAGCCAUUUAAAUGCAUCGACGGUGGAAAGAGUUUCAGAGAAGGAAGGAAUCUUAAGCGCCAUAAAAGAAUCCACACGGGAGAAAUCGUAUCAGUGUCUGGAGUGUGGAAAGAAAUUCAGAAGCGGGAAUGACUUUAGUCGCCAUAAGAAGACCCACAGCAGGAAAAGCCGAUACUAAUUGGUUCAUAUUGAUUCUCAAAAUGUGCUUCAUGUCCACAGCAGUGUCCCAGGAGAAUCUGUAGAAAUGCAUCAACUGUGGAAAGAGUUUCGGAGAUGGCAGGAAUCUCAGGGUCCAUAAAAGAAUCCACACGGGAGAAGCCGUAUGAGUGUGUGGAGUGUGGAAAGAAAUUCAGAACCUGGAGUGACCUUAGUUGCCAUAGGAAGAUGCACAGCAGGAAAAGACAACGCUAAUUGGUUCAUAUUGAUUCUCAAAAUGUGCUUCAUGUCCACAGCAGUGUCCCAGGAGAAUCUGUAGAAAUGCAUGGAAUAUGGGAAGAGCUUCCAAAGCAGCAGAAAAGUCUUGUUCCAUUAAAAAGAAGAGUUGCCUUUUAUAACUAGGAAUUAACUUUUGGAUAUUAGAUCUUUGUGUUAGAGUAAAUAAGAUAACAAAGAAUAAGAAUAGAA